AUGACAUGAAUGGAUGGGCCGGACACACCUUCCAUCCCAGUCCUGAAAACCCUGUCCGGAUCUGCAGACCGUUCCCGGACGCUGCCAGAGGAGCCGCUGAGGGCCAAGGACUCACCCCUCAGCCCCGAUCCUGUCCGCGCCCUGUCCCUGUCCCUUCGCACUCGCUCUCCACGGCUCCCCGGGCAGCGGGCGCGCACCAUGCUGCCCAGCGCUGUGGCCGCCCAGGCCGGAGCCUACUGGGAUGUGGUGGCGUCCUCAGCACUCUUCGGCCUUCCUGCGCCCGGCUUUGGCAGUCUGGGCAAGAGUUUCCUGAUCGAGAACUUGCUGCGCGCAGGGGCCGGGCCCACGCACGCACCCCCGCCCCCACGCCCAGCGCCCGGUCCUGAGUGUCCGCAGCUGCGGCCACUGCCUGCCAGCCCAGUGCCGCUCAAGCUGUGCCCGGCCGGACCCUUUGGUGUGCGCUGGGCCUUCCAGAUGCCCCCUGGCCGGGCUCCGGGGGAGCGGGACAGUGCCUUCCAGCCCUCAGCCCCAGUGCCUUCCAAACCCUUUCUUCUGAGCGCCCCGCCAUUCUACUCUGCAUGCUGCGGUGGGUCCUGCAGGCGCCCAGCAUCCCCCACAGCUUUUUCAAGAGAAGAACACGGGCUGCCUUUGCUGACCCAGGACUCAAAUUCCAAAGCUCGCAGGGGGAUUUUACGAAGAGCUGUGUUCUCAGAGGAGCAGAGAAAGGCUCUGGAGAAAAUGUUUCAGAAGCAGAAAUACAUCAGCAAAACAGACCGAAGGAAACUCGCGGUCAGCUUGGGACUGAAGGAGUCACAGGUGAAGAUUUGGUUCCAGAACCGAAGGAUGAAAUGGCGGAAUUCCAAAGAAAAGGAAGUACUCUCCAGUAGGUGUCUCCAAGAAGUGAGCCUUCAGGAAGACAGGCUGGCACGGCCUGCCGUGGGCUGUCCUCCGCAGUGCCCGUCAAUAUGGGAAGUCUCCCAGCCACACUCAAGUCCAAGCUGGAGGGAGGAGACUCCAGAAUCUGCAGAAAGACUGACCCAGGAGAAUUCAGGGGUCCUGGAAGCAGAUUCACUCCGAGGUACCUUGUAUCUGUGUCCUGAGAAGGGACCUAGAGACAAGCAUGGACUCCAGAGCACCAUUUGACGGGAACAUACUCCGUGUACAUCUAAAAGAACCCUUAGCCAGUAACACUUGGAUUAAAGCCAGUUAGAUUGUGCCUCAAAACUGCCUUAAACUAAUACCUUGGCAUGAUGCCUGAGCUGUUGCCUAAGGAGAGCCACUCUACUGUUUCUUAUUUAGCCCUAGCCUAAGGCUCAAUGUAUAUAUGGAAUAGAACCUUCCACAAAGUGUGAUAAGACUGAAAGAAGAGCCAGGAUCAGCCCCAGAGCCUGUUCUGAAUAUGUGUACAUAUUCGUGUGUCUGUGUGUUUGUAUGUAUAUGCUCAUUAAAUACAUCAUCAGAAAUUAGUUCUCUCCAAGUUUUAUAUGGAACAAAUUCAUUUCAUUUUGUAUGAAGUAAAAAAAAAAAAAACCAACGAGCAAAUAUUCAUUUUCUAAUAGUGUAAAAUCUGGGCUUUUGUGCUGCACAAUUAAUUAUGCCGGUAUAAAUUCUCUGCUUCUGGCCUCUUUGGUGUCCACUGUCAAUGAGUUUUAGCAAGCUUAGCAACCCUAGUCGAGUUAGCUGUGGUUAGACACACACUGAAGAGAGACAAGAGGAACUCAACAGGAAACUACUACUUUUGAAUAUAGUUAUUAGUACCUCUAGCCCCCAGUUCUGAGGCAGCUGGGGCCAUCAGUGAAGAAGGUCUACACUGAGGCGUUGAUCGUCUUCUGGUCUCUUGUCUGGCUGGGUUUCCUAGGCCAGAGUCUUCUAAACACAAUAAAUGCCUGAGUGGAAGGAAGGGCUUGUCAGGCAACUGUUUGAUCGUCUGCACCAACGAGUUUAUAAUCAGCGACCAAGAUGAAGUCAAGACCCAGGGUCACUGUUCUCAAACAGUCUACAACAGGGCUAAAAAUCCCAGGGCUGAAGGGCUCUGUGGUCAAUGCUGAUUGCACACUACAUACCAUCUGAAUUUCCCACCUAGCUCGCUCACACUACAUAUGUUAUGUGGUUUUAUAUAUUAACAGACACCACCCAGAUGUUUUAUGAUUACCUUGUAAUAGUCUUUGUGUAAAAUCACAUUUCUGGUAACAAUUUUCUUAGUUAAUCCAAAUAUAUUAAUUCUAAGCCCACAAAACAAAACAAAAUGUUUUACUUUGCAGGAAAUGAAGC